AUGGAACGCGUCGACUUCAGAGACAACUUUCAUCUAGUGGCAGGCAAAGGCGAGCCAUUUAUUGGGAAAGUCAAACAGCGACUGAAAGAAAUUUUCCUCCUUGAAACACAGACCGAUCUAAAGAAGACAAUUGGCGGGACCACAGGUGACCACUUCUUCUUGAAAACCCUGAUGUGCCACGAGUCCCUUGCGGAUGCCGAACAGAUUGUACGACAGCUCCGCCAUCACCUGUACGACCAGCUGGACGUCGUCAAUACGUACGCGGACAGACCAUUCGACCGAACUAGUCUUCGAGAAGUCACGACCCGUCUUCAUAAGAUCAGUCAAGAUACUGAGGCUCUCACCGCAAGCGCUCAAAUGCUACAGAUGACAACAGACACCCUGGUCAGCGCUCGCCACCUAGCCACCACUGCUUCCAAUGGUCAUGCCUCACGAUUACCAUCCAGGAAUGGGGUGACAAAUACGCUCACGUACCUCUCGACCUCAAUCGCCUCCCAAGAGCGCUGGCUGCAGGCGCUCAGCUCCCGCAAGGAUACAGCGAUGAAUCUAGUCCACAACCUCGUUACACAGCACGACAGCGAGACCAAUACAGAGAUUGCUCUGGCCACAAAUAAUGAUAGCGCUGUCAUGCGGGUCAUCGCCAUCCUCACUAUGAUUUUCAUCCCACUUACUACCGUUGGGACAUUCUUUGGCAUGGCUUUCUUUGAAAGCACUGCGGGCGGUGGCUUCUACAUAAGUAGCAAAGUGUGGGUCUUUGCGGCUGUCUCGGUGCCGUUGACUGGGUUAACUCUUGGGAUAUGGUGGAUUUGGUGGCGUUGGCAGGUGAUUACAACCCGAUGGCGAGGCUUUUGGCAGCAGAGCAAGAAAGAAGAGGACAUUGACACCCAUAUUCUUUGCCUCUCUUCGUCAUUCAAACCGAGACUGGAACCCUAG